UAGAGAGAAUGCAAUAGGCUUUAAAAGAUAGGCCCAACAAUAAAUUAAGCCCAUUAAAUAGUUUUUUCUAUCUCACGUACGCGUGUGGACUCGUUGACUCAUCCACCUCAUCUCGCUAAUAUGGCGGUGAUCUCAUCGAUGUUAUUCCCUUCGACGUUAUCCCGACGACUGAGUCACCCACGAACACUCACUAUCUGCUCUACAACAUCAAAAUCAAUGGCGAAUAACCUAACUGAUGGAGAGACGUCGAAGCGGGUCGUUGUAUGCGGCGGAGGCGUUAUCGGCGUCUGCACGGCGUACUUCCUCUCUAAGAAAGGAAUCGCCGUCAUUCUCGUCGAAAAAUCAGCCGUAGCGUGCGCCGCUUCCGGUAAAGCCGGAGGAUUUCUCGCUUUCGAUUGGUGCGAUGGAGGUCCCGUUGCGCCCUUAGCACGCGCGAGCUUUAACCUCCAUCGAUCGCUAGCCGAGGAGCUGAACGGCGCCGAGUCGUAUGGAUACAGACCCCUCACAACGCUUAGCCUCACCGUGAGGGAAUCGAAGCCAGGAUCCGGCGAUUUGGGUUUACCGGCGUGGGUCGACGGCCCAGCUAAAAGCCCAUCGACGAUUGGUACGACUCAGACCACAGCACAAGUGCAUCCUCAGCUUUUCACUCGCAAGGUGUUAUCGACGGCGAUGGAGAAGUACGGUGUUGAGGUUGUGAUUGGGAAAUUGGAAGAGGUGAGAGUGGAAUUAGGGCGAGUUGACUCGGUGGUGCUCGAAGGUGGAAGAGUUAUCGAGGCUGACUCGGUGGUUCUGGCGAUGGGCCCGUGGUCUGGUAAAUUCGAGAUGUUGUCUUCGAUUUUUAGGAUUUAUGGCACGAAAGCUCAUAGCAUCGUUCUGGAACCGAAAGAAGCAAAUGCUAUAACACCUCAUGCUCUUUUCUUAACUUACUAUCCUUGCAACGCUCGUGAAGCUUUGGACCCAGAAGUAUAUCCUCGUCCCACUGGUGAAGUGUACUUAUGUGGAAUGUCAUCACAAGAAGAGGUACCUGAUGAUCCGGAUCAGGUAACAAGUAAUCCUGAAUCGAUCCAGGCUCUCAAGAGAGUAGCGAAAACUGUUUCGAGCUAUCUAGACGAAGAAAACGCUCGAGUGAAAGCAGAGCAAGCUUGUUUCUUACCCAGCACGGAAGAUGGUAUCCCUGUAAUCGGAGAGAUCCCUGGAAUCAAGGGUUGUUAUGUUGCCACAGGACAUAGUUGCUGGGGAAUUCUUAAUGGUCCAGCCACUGGUGCUGCAUUGGCUGAGCUUAUUGUAGACGGUGUAGCUACUAGUGUUGAUCUUAGCCGGUUUAGUCCCUCUCGGUUUAGCAAAGGAAGAUGAAGUGUUUAGUAUUUACUAAGAGAUAUACUCUUCUAAUGGAUAUUUUAGAAAAAACAAUUGUUCUUUAAGCAAAUCCAGUUGUGAUUACUAGGAAUCCUAUAAUGUAUUUGUAAUCAUUGAGGAUUUGUAAUUCGAAGUUUCUAUUGUAAUUUGUAAAGUUUCGUUUGUAGGUUU